AUGGGAUUAUUAAUUUCGAAAAUUUGGAGUUUGUUUGGAAAUGAGGAGCAUAAGUUAGUUCUGGUGGGUUUAGACAAUGCUGGCAAGACUACAAUCCUUUAUCAAUUGCUGCUUGGUGAGGCCGUCCAUACAAGACCAACCAUUGGUUCAAAUGUUGAAGAGGUAGUAUGGAGGAAUCUCCGCUUUGUCAUGUGGGACCUCGGAGGGCAGCAAAGCCUGCGCUCUGCUUGGAACACUUAUUAUACAAACAGUGAAUUUGUGAUCAUGGUAAUUGAUUCAACGGAUCGACAAAGAUUGAGCAUUAGCAGAGCCGAGUUACACCAAAUGCUGUCACAUGAAGAGCUGAGUAAAGCUUGCUUAUUGGUUUUUGCAAACAAGCAGGAUGUGAAAGGAUCAAUGACGGCUGCAGAAAUAUCAGAACAACUAGAUUUGACAUCAAUCAAACAACAUCCAUGGCACAUACAAGCUUGUUGUGCUCUUACUGGAGAAGGAUUGCACCUUGGAUUAGAAUGGAUUGCCAGCAGAAUAAAGAAGAAA